CUGAUGACAAACGACCAUGCACACUCACAUCUAUGGUCAAUUGUGUCAAAUUUACCAUAUCCCCAAAUCUGCCUGUUUUUUUAACUGCGGGAGGAAACCGGAGAACAUGCAAACUAACGUUUUGAUCCACACACCACACCAGAUGGUGGGGGUAAUGCGCCAUAUCGUUGUUUGCAAUCGCCAUAAAGAAGAAGAAGAAGAAGGCCCACAAUACAUUGCGCUUCCAUCAUGGCGUCUGUCGAAAUUUUGUGACAACAACAUCCGCCAACAAGACCUCGCCGCAACUUAAGGAAAGGGGGGCUGUGCUGCGAGGUGGAUCAACAACCUUUCAGACACGAGGAUGAGACUGUUGACGCUGUUAAAACGAAUCCAUAAACCCGUUUACACCUGCUCUCAGCCUUGUCUGAGCUCACAUGCUAGCAGCGGCCCGUUAGCUUCCGGAGGUCAGGCUUUAAUCUCAGGCUCCAGCCGGGAGUUGGUGCAGAGUAUCGUCUCACAGGUGGAGGUGAGGACGGCCUUCAUCUCAGAGGAGGAGGAGGCGGCUCUCCUACGAGAGCUGGAGCCGGGCCUGAAGAAGAAACGCUAUGAAUACGACCACUGGGACGAUGCCAUCCAUGGUUACAGAGAGACUGAGCGUGUAAGGUGGACAGCAAUGUGCGAGGAGGUCUUGAAUCGUGUCCGAUCUGUAGCGUUUCCUGAGGGAAGUCCACUCCUCGGACCUGUCCAUGUUCUAGAUCUGGACGAGAAGGGCUACAUCAAGCCUCACAUCGACAGUAUUAAGUUUUGUGGCAACACUAUUGCUGGGUUGAGUCUUCUGUCGGAUAGUGUCAUGCGUUUGGUGAAGGAGGAUGCUAACAAUGAAUGGCUGGACCUUAUGCUGCCUCGACGCUCCCUAUAUAUAAUGAGGGACCAGGUCAGAUACAACUUCACUCAUGAAAUCCUGAAAGACGAGGACUCUGUUUUCAAUGGACAGAGAGUGCCUCGGCACCGUCGCAUCUCGGUGAUCUGUCGAAAUCUUCCAGGCUAAUGCCCUCACUAUUGCAAUAAGGAUAAUGUAACUUGAAUUUAAAGGACUGUGUCAGGGAUCUUCAUUGUUGAAGAAAUCCCAGAAAGACAUGUUGGGAAGGGAGUUGUCGUGGGCUGUCCUGAGCACUGUGAGCUCAUAAAAAAUGAGACUGAGGAGGCCGAAGACGACUUUGUGUAUUGAUUUCAGUAAAUUCUAAUAGUCAUGUGUAUGACUGGUUUUAUUAAAUUAAAAAUUCUAAUUUAUUCUCCUA